AUGGCAGGCCAUGUUACAUAUGCUUGUCAAUGUCUCAAUGUCAAAAUCCAUCUGGCCAACAAGUACUAUCUGGACGGCCAUGAAAAGUUUAGAAGGGACAAAUUUACUCGACUCGAAGAACCACCCAUUGCAGGAUGGAAAUUUGAAUUGAGCAUGGAUGGUGUUAUAGUGGAAUACGCAAGCUUAAUUCGCUUAAGAGUCAUCAUGGACAAUCCCGAAGGCUGGGUCACUGUCAGUUGUCAUAAUUGCUCCACCGGUGAUGUGUACUCUGUCAAGCGACCCAACACUAAAAUUACCUAUCCAUUCAAUCACUCUUUACUGAGCAAGUUUGGAGAUCAGGUUAUCAUUCAUAAAGGGACCAUUUUUGGCUCAGAGAUUGGCAAGCUCCAGAAAAAGGCAACCUACUCCAGCACAUUUCACAUCAUUCUUAAUCCAGAUUUACCCAUCUCACAUGUAGCACAGGAAGACGAAGAUGACACUUAUGGCCGUGAACUGAAAAAACAGCAUAAACAUGUGCAGAAACUGCUGAGGCAAUCCCUGGUAGACUUGGAAGAGAUUACCGAAAAAAGAAUUCAAGAAUUUCAGCGAGAGCAAGAAAUGCUGCUGGUGAGAGAAAAGGAAAAGGCGACCUACGACAGCGCCAUACUGUGGCAGCGAAUGAAGGAGAUUGCAAAGACAGUGCAAGAGGAAGAGCAACGUGUGCGCAGAUUAGCACUCCAAAAGACAAAGAACGGCGUGACAGACCAGAUCUUGUUUAACUGCAUUAUAAGCGAGGAAGAGCAAGACCAAACCAUUCGAGAUACAGCGCUGGAUGCCGCAGAAACCGAGAUGAAAAGACGCGGAUCGCACGUUCAUUUUGCGCCGAGCGAUUCCUAUGAACCAGCAUCAGACACGGCAGUAGAGCAAAGAAGACGAUCCUCUGCUUUUAAAAGAGAUUUGUUUGGUGGUUUUGGGGCACCUAUACAUCACGGUAGAAGACGAUCCAGCUAUGUAUUGGAUGAGAGUGCUAUUGCAAACAGUUUCAAAAACACACACCCAUUAGAGCCUGUGCCAGAAAUGCCACAGUUUCAUCGCAGACGCUCGUCUUUGUUGCUUCUGCCACCUCAGCAGCAUCCUUCUCACAACAACACACAUCCCUUAGCUGAGGCUAAUCACCAUGUCCAUCCUCUUGCGCCAGCACCUGCUGUAGUUCCCAUUUGCUCGAAUACAUCACCUUCGUGGGAGGAUGACGAGGAGAAUGCCAGUAAAGCACACAAUGAUAGUAGCGAAGAAGAGUUGUUUCCCUUGGACGAAGAUAUGCAAGAUCUUGGUGAACACAGCCUACUACAGAGCAGAAAACUGUCUAGCAAAAGAAGGCCAUCCAGCAAAUACAUUGAAUUUGAAGAAGAAGAAGAAGAAGAGGAAGAACAAGAACAAGAACAAGAACAAGACAAGGAAAGCCAUGGACAACAAUCAAAGUCAAGGAAGCAUACCAGCAAAUCAGAUCCUCAUGAUGAGCAACAAGAUCACAGUUUUGCAACGUCUGUUCCUAUCACUAUUCACCAUCCUCCUGCUUUUUCCGUCAAAAACAAAACGGAAGAUAUGCAAACGUCUGUGCAGAAGAAGCAUCCCUCGUCUUCUUUUAUACAGCAACCUACCUACUUGAAUCCAGCAGCAGAAACAACAGGCCGAAGACCUUCCUUUGUAGGGUUUGAUUAUGCAGAGGCUGACAGACGAGCUUCUCUCAAAUUUCCGCCCUUGAAUCUCAAGCGAAAUUCAAUACAUCAUGCCAUGCCAACCUCUCGUCGUAAAGAUGAUCAUACCCAGCAACAGCAGCAACAGCAGCAACAACAUUUAAACAGCAAUAAGAACAAGAUUGAAUUGGAACUAGAAGAAGAGGAUGACACGGAACAGGACCAAGAUGGACCUAUGAUACCUCCUCAUAUUUUAGCUGCUCACACAGUAACCGAUGAAACAGAAGCAUUGUUUGGCUCUGUGCCUCGCAAUAGCACUCGACAUAGACCAUUAGAAUAG